AUGUCUUGCUACUGGUCUUCUUCACCUGGAUCUUGUUGUUGGCACCCUAGCUCGUUCUCGAAAGCCAUUGUCAUACUCGUCGAUGCCCUUCGCUACGAUUUCACGGUCCCUUUCACGCCGAAAGAUGGCGAGACUGCUCACCACUACCAUAAUGCCCUGCCCUUCCUAUAUGCCACGGCCGUUAAGCAGCCGAAUAAUGCAUUUCUCCUCCCUUUCAUCGCAGAUCCGCCCACUGUGACCCUUCAACGUUUGAAGGGAUUGACAACUGGAACACUUCCUACAUUCGUGGAUGCUGGUUCCAACUUCGCAGGUACGGCCAUCGAUGAGGACAAUCUGAUAGCCCAGCUACGUACAGCUGGGAAGAAUGUAGUUCAUCUUGGAGAUGACACUUGGCAUGCAUUGUUCCCAGAUUACUUCGACCCAGAUUUAACGAGGCCAUUUGAUUCCUUCAAUGUCUGGGAUCUACAUACGGUAGAUAAUGGCGUAAAUGAGCACUUAUUCCCCUUAUUACAUCCUACGAACAUAUCAAAGUGGGAUGUAGUGAUCGGUCACUACCUUGGUGUUGAUCAUGCUGGCCACAGAUAUGGCCCUGACCAUCCCGCGAUGACAGCAAAGUUGCAGCAGAUGAACGGUGUCUUUCACGACUUGGUUAACGCUGUAGACAAUGAGACCUUGGUUGUCGUUAUGGGUGAUCAUGGUAUGGAUUCCAAAGGCGAUCAUGGAGGUGAAUCAGACGACGAGAUCGAGGCUGCCAUCUGGAUGUACUCCAAGAAGGGCAUAUUUGGACGUACCUCGGUCUCAUCUCUGACACCACCAGCGACCGCUAAGGAGAGACCGGUGGCUCAAAUCGAUCUCGUCCCAACAUUGUCUUUGCUACUUGGUCUUCCCAUCCCUUUCAAUAAUCUUGGACGUCCAAUCGACGAAGCUUUCAUUGGCGCGAAAGGAAGCGACAUAGGGAAUUUAGCAUUGGCCAAUAGAGUCACUUCUGCACAGAUACAUCGAUAUCAGUACGAAUAUGCUCAAGCUCGAGGCCUCAGUGACGAAUCACGGUCUACUUCUCUCGACGCAUGGACAAAGCUGACUGAAAUCUGGGACCUGAAUCAGAGAGUCAUCCUUCCUGGUGGGCAAGACUGGAAAGGCAUUUACACAGCCGCUGUGGAGUAUCAAACCGCAACCCUCGAGAUAUGCCGUGCAUUGUGGGCAAGGUUCGAUGUCGUGAGUAUGCUCCAUGGUGUUGAAGUUUUAGCGCUAGGUCUAGUUGCUCUCGUCGUAUACGCUCGAGGUAUCAACGGUGACCGCACCGAGCUAACACCACUUCUUUUGAUACGUGCGACUAUCGGGACUGUUGCUGGGAUCGUAGUUGGAUUGACUUUGGGGCUCUCAAUCCCACAAUUCCAGCUCAUCCAUGCGACUGUCUAUUGCACUGCAAUCGGCGGCUUGCUCGGCCUCGCCACGGGCUUCUACCAUAUACGCAAUCGCCUCCAGUCCCCUAUUCCCUCAUCAGCCUGGUCCUGGACAUCAUUGAUGUUGCCUGUUGCGCUGUCCGCAGGCUUCGCCGCCAACUCCUUCACGAUUUGGGAAGACGAGAUCCUCCUUUUCUUCCUCAACACCUUUGGCGUACUGCUUUUCCUAUCCUCCUUCCGCCAAAAGAGUCCUGUCGACCGCACCAUUGGCUGCACACAAUCAAUUGCAUUCACGGUACUCACGCGCUUGGCUUCUCUCUCCCGGCUCUGCCGCGAAGAACAAAUGCCACACUGCAGGUCCACAUACUACGCCUCCGCAAACUCUUCAACCUCCGCAACAUGGCAACUCACCAUUCCAUUCAUCCUCACACUCGCCCUUCCUGCCGUCAUAAAGACAUAUUUCGCUCAGACCCUCUCAUACCAACACUCCGCAACGUUCAUGGUCGGCUUCAUCCUGCGUCUAGGCCUGGCGCUCACAGCACUCUUCUGGACGCUCGACGCUGCCGAUGACGGCGAAUGGUUCGGUGGCUCUACCCAGGCGUACCUCAAGACCGUCAAAGUCUUCGUCGCGCAAGUCGUUCUUGCCAUCGGCCUUGCCGCCGGAUACGCGACGUUCGGGUGGGCGGCGCCCCUGCUCAACAUUCGCGAAGAGCGCAACAGCAGCGCAACCGAGCUGCGCUCUGCAUCACAGCCCAUCGAGACCGGCGAGGGCGAAGCAAAAUCCUCGAUCAUAAUCCUGGGUUACGCAAACGUUCACGGCAGUCGCUAUCUCCUUCUCUUCAUCCCAUGGCUGGUCGCCGUAAUCCUACUCCAGAAACCAAUGGGCGGCGGCGCGAUCGGGAUUCUCGCAUGGCAGGUGCUCAGUCUACUCGAGAUCAUUGACGCAAACCAACUCGCCGACACGCCCGUCGGACCGGUAGUUCUCGGCUUGCUCGGCUCAUUCCAUUUCUUCAAGACCGGGCAUCAAGCCACGUUGUCGAGCGUACAAUGGGAGUCGGCGUUCAUUCCACUGCACUACAUCCGCUAUCCAUGGAGUCCGCUCUUCGUCAUGCUCAACACAUUUGGCGCGCAGAUCCUUUGCGCCAUAGCAGUUCCCGCGACCGUGCUGUGGAAAGCGCCACCGAAGAAGAAAGGUCUCCUGGGCGAUGUCGCAAAGGCGAUGGCGACGCACAUUCUAUUUUACGCUCUUAUCAACCUUGCAACGACAAUGUGGGCAGGCCAUUUGAGGAGGCACUUGAUGCUAUACCGAAUCUUCAGUCCGCGGUUCAUGGUGGGUGCGAUUGUACUGCUUAUUGUAGAUUUGGUGGGAAUACUUGUCGCUGUGGGUGGGACAAGGUGGAGCUUCAUGAGUGUUGCGGAUGUGUUUGGAUGGUCAAGUGUACAGUAG